UCCGCAAUUCCUUAUCCUAUCUUCUUCGCACUCUCCAUUUCUCUCCCUCUCUCAGUCCUCAAAAGCUCCGCAACAAUGGCUGCCACUCUCUCCACACUCACUCUGGGCACUCCCUCCUACCCCGCCACGCCCACCGCCUCCUCCUUCCCCUCCCACUCCACCAAACCCACCCUCCAAUUCCCCUUCAACCCGCAAAACCCUACCCUCACCCACCGCGCCACCCACAUACGCCCCCUCGCCGCCGUCGAAGCCCCAGAAAAGAUCGAGAAGCUCGGCAGCGACAUCUCCAGCCUCACCCUCGAGGAAGCUCGCAUCCUCGUCGACUACCUCCAGGACAAGCUCGGCGUCUCCGCCGCUGCCCUCGCUCCAGCCGCCGCCGUGGCCGUGGCGCCAGGAGCGGGCGAGGGCCCCGCCGUCGUGGAGGAGAAGACGGAGUUCGACGUCGUCAUCGAGGAGGUCCCGAGCAACGCGAGAAUCGCGGUGAUCAAGGCGGUGAGGGCGUUGACGAGCCUGGCGCUGAAGGAGGCGAAGGAGCUGAUCGAGGGUUUGCCGAAGAAGUUCAGGGAAGGGAUUUCGAAGGACGAGGCGGAGGAGGCGAAGAAGCAGCUGGAAGCCGCGGGGGCGAAGAUUAACAUUGUUUAAUCAUGAAUUAGCGCUCUUAAUUAAUCGGGUUUUGGGGGGUUUUAGCAAAUGAGCUUUGUUUUCGUGUACUUCUAUUCGGAUUUUUAGGUGUUUAGAGAUAUGUCAUUGCUCUCUUGCUUCAGUUUUCUCAAUGCAGUUGGAAAUUGUAAUUGUAAUUUUAAGGUGAAAAAAAAUAUUUGAUUGCUUUGCU